CGUUGAUUGAGUCGUUUUUUCAGUUUUUUGGACUAAUGUGGUCCAAGGGCCGUCCAUCGCCCGUCGUCUCUUCCCACAGCACCCUAAUUGCUUCUUCUUCAUCAGCCCUACCUGCGAGGCGGCGGCCAGUCUUCUUCAACGGUGAAUCUGCACCAGCUACCAGCGUCCGCCGCACCCUUGCGAUCACCACUUGCUACUGCGUGCACCGCGCUGCCCUGUCCUCUGCCACCCAGUGUGACUUGCUGACUGCCGACAGCGGCUGUCCGCUGCACCUGUAUGCCGGAAAAAACUCCAUACUUUCGACUCACUACUCAGCCAGCUAUGGGCAAAAGAUUAAGCACUUAUGCUCUUAUUCCUCAAGUUGCUGUUGACAUUAUCGUUCCUUACUGAUUAGACUGCUCUACGAGUACUUUGGGAGGCUUCAUCAGUCUCAGGCAGGGAAGGGUGUAACGGUGGAGGUAGAUACUUUGGGUGGCUUGUUCUGUGUGCAGGUUGCUGCAUAAGUUUAACAGAAAGUAUAUAGGGCAUAGCUUGAUGUGCUCCAACUGUAAUAAGAGCUUUAAAGCUGUCGAGGCAUCAGGACGCACUGAAGAUUUCGUGGACUAUAAGAGCAUUGAUAACGAGGAUGAGAAAAUUAAUGAAAUUUCUGGGACUAGGACUAGUGGUAGGAUUAAGGCUAGGAAAAUGACCAGUGUUGGUGAGAUCUUACAGAGGGCAAAGGAGAGAUCGUCGGGAGAUCUGUGUGAAUCAUUGAAUAGAUUGGAUGGAUUAAAAGGUGGUGCUGUGGAAUGGAAGAGUUCAAGGGCAAAGAGAUCAAAGGGCAGUGAAGAAGAAGAAGAAGAAAUGACAUUAGCAGAGAUGCAAAUGCAUGUGAUGAAGAAAAAGAAGCAGGAAAGCAAAAAGAGGAAGGAUAUGCAAUUGUGUUUGGGUGGAAAAGAAAAUGAAAUAGAGGAAGAAGGUAUGGAGGGUAGGAAUGUGAAAGGGAAGAGGGAGAGGAGUUUCAAGAGAGGGCAAGUUUGGGCGGUUUAUAGUGAUGACGAUGAUGGGAUGCCAAGGCGUUAUGCAUUGAUUGAUGGAGUGCUAUCAUUGAAUCCCUUUAAGUUAAGAAUGUGGUGGUUAGAAUUGGCAAAGAGUGGCGAAAAAAAUGGGGCUUGCGGGAGAUACAAGGUUUCUUCUGAGCAUGUGUUAGUGACGUCUCCUGAGAUGUUUUCUCAUACCGUGGAUUGUGAUAGAGUGGGGAGACAAGUGUAUACAGUUUAUCCUAAAAAGGGUACAGUGUGGGCGAUCCUAAAAGAUGAAGAUCAGGAGCAGCAUGAGAUCGUCGUGUGUUUGAGCAGUUACAGUGAAGUAUAUGGGCUGAGUUUGGGGUACCUGGAGAAGGUGGGGGAUGAUGGAUUUGGGACAGUUUUCAAGAGGAGAGCGAUUGGGGUUGAUGCGAUAAGGUGGGUUGGAAUGGGAGAGAUUGAUGGAUUGAUGUCCCACCAAAUUGUUGCCAGCAAGGUUUCAGGUGACUGCUGGGAAUUGGAUCCAUCUGCACUUCCUCCUCCCUCACAUGCUCUCCUUAUUCAGCAAGAGGAAUAAGCAGCUUCUGCCCUCGUGUGUAUUUUAUUUCAGUGAUGCUUGGUGCUACUACAACUACUACAUGUGUAGGAGCACCUGCAUGAUUUUGACUUUUCAAAUUAUCUUUUCCUAAUAAAUGAAAAUAAUUUAAUUUUGGGAAAAUGUGC